AUGCUGAUUGUUGGACUUGCUCUACUUGUGGUCUUUGCAUUUAUCGAAAAGUCCGCAUCAUAUCCCCUGCUUCUCCGUUCGGCUUUGAAAGGAGGUCUAGCCUGGGUGCUUGGCUGUAUUGCCGCUGGUUGGUCCAGCUUCGGAGUUAUGAUUUAUUCUUUUUUUCUCCAGUUCGACAUGGCGGUCAAGGGAGACACCGGUCUGUUAGCUAGCAAAACUUUCUGGGGCCUCUAUCUCAGGUGCUACUGCCUCUGUUGUGUCAGGAUUUCUCCUUGGUCGGUGCACACCCAGCUUCAUUAUGUUCUGUGCCAUGGCAGCCUUCACUACUGGGCUUGCCUUGCUAGCAAAAACUCCAGUGAGUCAGACAUAUUGGGCUCAGAUGUUUCUCACGAGCGUCAUUACUCCAUUGGGCAUGUAGGAACCAUUCUACUCAGCAACUCGAUGCCCAGAGAGCACCAGGGACUUGCCGCUUCCCUCGUCAGUACGACAGUAAACUACUCCAUUUCACUUGGACUGGGUUUUGCAGCUACGGUGGAGUCGAAUGUUAAUGAUCAUGGAAAGGACACACUUAGGGGCUAUCGAGGGACAUUGUACAUGGGUACAGGCCUUGCUGGACUUGGCUGGAUAAUUUCCUCGUGUUUCUAUAGAGGUCAUCCCAGAAGAAGAGCGUUCAGUGCUAAUAAGAAUUACGACUCGGACAUUGGGGGACUGGGAUUCUGUUGCGUUAAACUCAAUAAAGACUGGAAGAGCGCGUUAAAUAAAUAUCUCUUGCUCGCUACUCAAGCUCCAGUAUCUAUCUCAAGAACUUGA